AUUGGUUUGCAUCCUAUGUCCACUCUCUUCCAGCUAACAAAGCCGAACGGGUACUAUUGUUCAUUGACAAGUGAAAUCUAUUUUAAUUUCUGUUGUGUAACGUUUUACCGUGGUGUUAUCUAGUCAUUUAAAAAACUCUAAAAAAUGUUUCGUGGGAAUGCCCCAACCCCGAUAAUGGCGCAACCAUCGCCGCUCAUAUUGAAGCAUUCUCCGGAUGCACAGGACGGCCGGGAUAUAUCCUUCGAGGCGUACAAGCAGCCGAAGCCAGCCAGCCGAAGAAAACGGAGCUUUUCGCCCAUCGUUCAUGAACAGUUCAUGAUAUCGCCAGACAUCUCACCGAUUGCACUGAAAAGCGAGAUGCGAAUGUCGCCCCGUACGAACACCCCGGGAACUAAAAACACCAACAUGUCUGCCAAGGCUGCCCGUCAGAUCUUCAAGCAACCCGCAAUUUUGAACACACACGAUCGGCGUAAAGCGGUAUACAUACUUAGAACGCCGUUAUCAAAACGCCAGCUGGAGCAUCGAAUUACGGUAUCGAACAUACUGAAGGACAUCAAUCUAUCCAAAUACAUCAGCAUUUUCAACGAUGAGGAGAUCGAUUUCGAGGUGUUUCUAACUCUAUCGGAAACGGAUUUGCACGAUAUCGGCAUCCAGUGCCAAAAGGACAUCGAGUUGAUUCUCGCUAAAGUGGCCGAAUACAAUGCUAGUGCUUGAAACCUCUGACUGUGUGAAUGUGUGUACUUUGUGUUUUUGUGUGCUGUGUGUUGUGUUAUUAGAGAACAAGGAACGACGUCGAGAAACCAUCGCCACAAUAUUUUUUUUUACAAUUUGAUACUAAUUUGCUCUGUCUCUGAAGAUUGUAGAUCAAUUAACAGUUAUUGUGAUGAAAGAUAGUCAGAAAAUUUUAUUGAACAAAAAACGAAUGCUUGUGAUUUUAAUAAAGCUUUUUACUGUAGUGCA